UCGCAGUUCAAAAGAGAGAAAUGUCGAAAUCGCUUCUACCUUGUUAUGCCUUGCAUUUACCCAAGUUCGAAAUCAUCUGUUUAUUGUUUACAUUGAAAUUUAAGCAAAAUGCGCCGAAUUAAAUUUAUUUUAUUAAUGGUGAAAUUAUAUGUAUCUGUGACCAUCAAUUAUGCAAAAAUUGAAAAAAUAAACACAUCCAUAUAUGAAUUAAUAAAAAGACGUGCACGAUUUAUGGAGAUCGUAAUUCUGUAUAAAAACGAGCAAGUUGUGAUGUGGGAAUACAUCCACUUGGAACUUUCAACAAAUGAAAGAACCUUUGCUCCACAACAGAAUCGAGGAAGUACGUUUUGGGAAGUCGAGUGCCAAUGCUCUGGAGAUAAUAACUUCAGACAAAAUUUUAGACUAAAUAGAAGUGCUUUUAAAAAAUUAUGCAGUUUUCUGGAUCACCUAAAGAGAAAGGCAACAAGAUUCCAUAAUACCAUCUGCUUGGAGAAACGAGUUGCCAUCGCCCUAUAUGCUCCUGGGUCCUCAGCGGAAUAUCGUAGCAUUGCGAACUUGUUUGGAGUGGCCAAACCAACAUUAUGCGCAGCUCUCUUGGAAUUUUUUAGGGAAGUGUGGAAAGUGUUACACCCAAUGUAUUUCAACCACUUUCCCCUAAGUAGAGAAACAAUUGAAGACUGCGUUAAUGGGUUUAAACACAUUGGAUUCCCUCAGUGUAUGGGUGCUCUUGAUGGAUGCCACAUAGAGAUUCAUCCCAGACAGGAAGAAGCAGUCGAUUAUAUCAAUUAUAAAGGAUGGUAUUCCACAGUGUUACUAGCACUUGUUUAUGCAAGAUAUCGCUACAUCAACGUGGGAAGUCCAGGAAGGUGUAAUGAUUCCCAAAUCUUUGAAAAGUCCAGCUUAAAAACGGAACUGGAGAACUGCUCCCUUCUGAACACAAUGAGCACAAAUUUAGGAAAUUUUGACAUCCCAGUUGUCAUUCUUGGAGAUUCUGCCUUUCGUUUUUCCAAAUAUUUAAUGAAGCCUUUUCCAUUCAGUUUGGAUAAGACGCCUUCACAAAAAGCUUUAAAUUACCAACUUUCAAAAUCUCGUAGAGUGGUUGAAAAUGCUUUUGGGCAAUUGAAAGCAAGGUAAUUAAGUAAAUAUAGAAUUGGUCGUUAAAUCCCACUGGGAAAAUAGGUAAGCACCUUACGAGGUAAGCCAUGUUUUCCUUCAGUUUUUAGUACCAAAAUAGUAAUUACGGCCAAUGUCAGCUAAUAGUAAAGCGCAAAAUGAACACCUCCUAUGACACAUUACGUUGUCAGUUGCAAAAUUAUCGUGCAGCCGAAGUUAUUUCCAAGCGCCGAACUACUCCGAGCAACUGCUCUGCAUUAUGCAUAACUUACUUUGUAAAGCAGCUCAGAGGUAUGUCUGAUACCAAAUGUAGAUUCUAAAUUCCUACUUACAUAAGGCGG